GAAAAAAGUUCUCAUAGUUGUUUUCAUGCCAGUGUAGAAAAAAGUCGUGCAUCAGUCGCUUCUCGACUAUUAUUAAGAUCGUGUUGAAGCCGUUUGAAGACACCAAAGGGACCAAUAACCUCUGAAGGAUGCGGAGCAGACCAGGCCCAGUUCAGAUCGUCACAGUGUGUAAGGAGGAGCACUCCUUCACUUUGGACACCGAGGCUUUGUCUCGGGUUCUGCUGGCUCCGGAGGUCCGAGACAAACAUGUGGUGGUGCUGUCUGUGGCUGGAGCCUUUAGAAAGGGCAAGAGCUUUCUGCUUGAUUUCAUGCUCCGCUACAUGUAUAGACGGGGUGAAGAGAACUGGCUGGGUGACGACGAUGAGCCGCUGACUGGAUUUUCUUGGAGAGGAGGUUCAGAACCAGAAACAACAGGUAUCCAGCUGUGGAGUGAGGUUUUCCUUGUCACAAAGGGCGAUGGGACAGAGGUAGCAGUGGUGUUGAUGGACACUCAGGGAGCCUUUGACAACGAGUCCACCGUGAAGGACUGCGCCACCAUCUUUGCCCUCAGCACUAUGACCAGUUCCAUACAGAUCUACAAUCUGUCACAGAACAUACAAGAGGACGAUCUGCAGCAGCUACAGCUGUUCACAGAGUAUGGUCGCCUUGCCAUGGACGAGAUCUUUCUGAAGCCCUUUCAAUCUUUGAUGUUCCUGAUCAGGGACUGGAGCUUUCCCUAUGAAUACAAAUACGGGUUUAAAGGAGGCGACGAUUUCCUGGACAAACGGUUACAGGUCAGUGAGUCCCAGCACGAGGAGCUGCAGACAGUGAGGGAACACAUCCAUUCAUGCUUCACGGACAUUUCCUGCUUCCUGUUACCUCACCCUGGUCUGAAGGUCGCAACCAGCCCUGUUUUUGAGGGACAGCUCAGUGCUGUUACCCCCGAGUUUAAGGAGCAGCUGAAGAGCCUAAUCCCUCAACUGCUGCAUCCCGAUCGUCUGGCUGAGAAAGAAAUAAACGGAAACAAAGUCACCUGCAUGGGUCUGCUCGAGUUCUUCAAGGCUUACAUCAAGAUUUACCAGGGAGAAGACUUGCCACAGCCAAAGACUAUGCUCAUGGCUACAGCAGAGGCUAAUAACCUGGCAGCCGUGGCAGCAGCCAAAGAUCUGUACAACAAGAACAUGGAGAAGGUGUGUGGAGGAGACUUACCCUACGUGGCUCCUGACUCUCUGGAGGAAAAGCAUCAGUUCUACUUGAGAGAGUCUCUUCACAACUUCUCCUCGACCAAGAAGAUGGGCAGACAGGACUUUUCUGACCGUUACCAGGCGCAGCUGGAGAAGGAGCUGGAGGAAAUGUGGGAGUCACUCAGCAAGCACAACGAGUCAAAAAACCUCUUCAGCGCCUUCCGGACUCCUGCAGUGCUGUUCGUCCUGGUGUGCCUCCUCUACGUGCUGUCAGGUGUGCUGCUGUUCGUGGGCCUCUCCACCUUCGCCCUGGUGUGUGACUGUACUCUGGGUGUGGUCAUGAUGUCCAUGCUGACGUGGGCUUUCAUCCGCUACUCUGGUCGGUACCGGAAUGUAGGGGGCGCCAUCGACCAGGCCGCAGGAGUCGUCCUGGAGCAGGCCACGGUGGUGUUGAACAAGUCGAGAGGCGCAGGCGCCAGUGACCAGAAGAAAUCCAGUUAGAGGACUUCUGAACCUUCGUAAUCUCGAUGCAACGCUACCGGCGCACAACACAAGCACACAUUCAGCACUAAAGCCUUAUCAUGCCACCCAUUGGAGCAAACAUGCAGCUCAACCACACUGGCAGUUCAAACAUGAUGCCAAUUCACCAGCAUUUCUUAUGCACGUUACUCUGCCUGUUACAGUGCAGGUACAGAGGUGAAUGGAUUCACUGAGGCAGGCAGUUAAACCAUCCUCUUAUUGAUACUUCCUGUCUUAAAUUGCCACUGCCAUCAUUUAAAAGUUUACAAUUGGUCUUAACGGACAAGUCGAUGUUUACCUUAAAGUUCUAAAAACAAUUUAUUGGUUGUAUAUUGCUUAAACAGGGGAAGUCAGGGUGAUUUUCAAAACAAAGCUUCUGCAGUAUAUCUUUAAAAUGUGCUGGCUUUACAGCUUAAACAUUUAUACAUAUUUCUUUGUGGCAAUAUUUUUUUUACUUUGUGGCCUUAAAAACAUUCCAUUCUGUUUGUAGAUUUGCUUUAUAUUUGAUAUAAGCUAGCAUCUCUUGAAGGGUGAACUGUCACUACUUUGGAAGGAGAAGAGGUUACGCACUUUCUAUAUAGCACAGCAGAGUUUUGGAAGCGACACGUAAUGGGAGUUCAGUCGAAUCUCAUUUGUUUCAAGUGCUUUGCCAUUUAUUCCUUGAUAGAAAAUGUGUACACUUUAUAGAUUUUGAUACUAUAUAGGAGAAUCUUCAAGCGAUAUUAUAUACAGGAUCUUCUAUUCUGCAACAUUUUCCAAAGAUGAGAAGACGUUAUUGGAAAACUCAGUGGUGUUGAACGCAAACAUAAUAAAACUAGCAACCAGUUAGCCAAAGAGUUAGCUUUAAAUGUUGGAGUUAUACGUUGGACUUGUGCUCAGUGGCUACAAUGAACUCAGUUUGCCACUCAAACGUUGCGAUUCUUGAACAUGGAACAAGUAACAAGCAGGAUGUUUAAACAGACAAAACACAAAGAAUAAACAAAA